GUGAUGUGGUAGUUGUAAUCAGUGCGGAGGAGAGGGAGGACGAAACUUACAGAACGAAGGUGCACAAGAAAAAGCCGGAGAAGGAAAUCAAGCACGAAGCGGCAUGGAGCUGGCAAGCAAUCUUCAAUUUAGCCUACCAGAAAGAACACGGUAGUUGGUACGAAGGGCGUGGCAUCUUCAAUUCUUCGCAAAUCAGGAACGCGGCUUUCCAGGCCCUAGCUGAUAACAUUUUCUGAGCUGAACCAAAGUGAGAGGAAGCAAGAUGAACAUGAAAGAGAGCUUCUGUUUGAAGCGGUGUGCGCGACUUUUUUUGGCGCGGCCGAGGCACGACGGCACUGGCGGGGAGAACAUUCUACGGAAGAGGAGAUGACGGAUCAUGCACC